ACCACUAAAUCAUUGUAACUUCUUAAUUAGACAUUAUGAAUUUCUUCUUUCACACAACUUUGUUCAGUAUAGAGUUGAGUUCUUUUUGUCUUUUAGGUCAAAUGGAUUCAUUUUCUUCUGAGUGUUAAUGAUACUUUCCUGUUUCCAUAGCAUAGAGCACCUCCUUUACUUGCAUGAGUAGCCAUGAUCUGAUUGAAAACUCGCAAUUGUAAAAGGUUAAUCAAGUCAAAGAUACUGAAUGCUCAAUACCAUGACACUCCAAGAACUGUUACAAAAAUUAGAUAGCUUAAUAAAUGACAAUUUUAACUACCACCUGCCAAUGUGUGUUUUUAAAUUUUACCCACUCAUACACACAAGAAAAAAUUUCUCUUUCCACCCUGCCACUUAUAAUCAGUCACAACUACUAAUAGAUCACUGGGCAAGGGGUCCUUGAUACUGAUUUGGAUUCUCCCAUUUUGUUUACCUCUAUUGAACUGUUCCUUUCACUUUUUCUGUCACAGUCUGCUCCCUCUCUCUCUACACUGCCAACACAACGCGCACCCUCUGAUCGAUGCACAUCCUCUUUCUUCUCUUCAUAGGCCACAGGAAUAAAAAGCAUUCAUCACUCACAAAGCUAAACAUUUUAUUUUUUCCCUCUCCAACUUCUUGUAUUAUCACCAUCUCUCACAGCUCAGUUAACAUUUAAAUUUAUUAUAAGUGUUUGGGUAUAGAUUGGGAAUGACAUCAAGAAAUGACAUGAUAGGCAUUCAUGAUCAUGGCUUCACUCAAUCCAAUUCAGAACUCCACCACCAUUAUCUUGCUUGUUGCAAUAUUUAUUACAUUUCUACUGCACCAUCUGCUGUGUCCAGUUUCUUGUUUCGUGCAACCACAUCAUGCAAUUCCUCCAGAGGACCCUUCUUCGUAUGAGGAGAAAAACAGAUUAGGUUCAAUGCCUCCUACUUGCCACAACAAAUGCAACCAGUGUCAUCCAUGCAUGGCAGUGCAAGUUCCAUCUUUACCUAGUCACAACCGAGUCCACCCAGCAGGUAUUUCCCCGAGUUCUGCAAUGCAGGGUUUCCUUCUCCAAGGUAACAGCUAUUCCAAUUACAAGCCAAUGAGUUGGAAAUGUCGUUGUGGUGACCACUUUUUCAACCCUUAGAAAUUGUAUUAUGUUCUCAUGGAGAUAGAUUACUCUCACAGCUGUAGAAUGAAAAAUUGUUCCUCUUGUUUUCCAUUUGAUAAGCCACCGACAAAAUUUCUGUAAACUUCUGUAGCUGUUUAUGUUGUUCUUUUUUAAUUAGGAGAGUUCGUCUCACUACCAGAUGAAAUUAUUUUAUAAUAAAUAAUGAUAUACAAUAUCAACAUCAAAGAUCAAUCUUACUUCAAAUUUUGUAUCUUGAAUUUAUCUGUGUAUGCAUAGAGGGUCAUUUGCCGCAGCAUUUAUCUGUGUAUUGAAGUUUGAAAUUGGACAGAAUUUGUUAAAAGCUGCAAUCUGACUUUAUGAUUGUGUUUUGAAUCUAUUUUUUUGUAAUUUUGAUA